GCGACCGGACAAACGGACGUACGUUACACGGCUGCCAGCCCGUCCGUUUUAGCCUUUAAACACGGCUAUCAGCCGUAUGACUUAGAUGAACCGGGUGUGCUUGGAGUGGACGCCAUUAUAAUAAAUAUCUGAGCUUCUUUUACAAAUUUACAUAUUGAAAUCGUUAAUUAAUAUGGAUGAGUCUGAAGAACAAACAGAUAAAACAAAGGCGAAUAAUAACAGAAAGGCCAAAGCGCAAACAAGUGCACGUCUUGCUAAGGCUUUGGAAGAAGCCGAAAGCCUAUUUUCAACAAAUACUCCCAGCGCCAACAAAAUUCGAAAGAAGCCUCAGAAAAGCCACAUUGAAAUCAGAAGAGACAACGAGGGGAAUAGAAUUUACCACUGUCCAAGAAAAGGUUUUGUACAGUAUUAACUAUACUCUUAUUUAUUUAUAUUUUUUACUUUUCAGCUCCGCCUUAAUUACAAUUUAUCUUUUUGGUUGGCCAAACUUCAUUGAUUCAAGGUCAAGAAGGAUGAAAGCUGUUGUGGAAAGCACCAGCAUGGCAGAUGAUAUGGAUGACUUACCAUCACCCACAGCAGAGCAACCCUCCAACAAGGAAAUAAAUUAUCAAGGUGAUUACCCAUUAUCUAGCAAUAAGCAUGAAUGUACCUACUCUCAUAUCUUACUUUGUCUAGCAUUACAUCAUUUAAAUUGUCAGUGGAAGAUACUGCCAUUUGAUAAGUUUAUAACACUACUAUCUGCCAGUACAAGCAAUGGACCUGAAUUUGCCUUAACUUUCUUAUUUUACCAUUUUAUGCCGUUUAAUACCAGACAAUUUUAGUUCUCUCAAUAGAAUAGUACUGCCAGUUAAUGGUUUAGUUAACAUUCUGUUAUUCACUCAUUCUCCAAGCCUAGAUGGU